AACAAAACAUUUCUUCUCGGAGCCUUCCAAUAUCUGUUGAUUUAAAAACUGUGACUUCUGCUGACUCUUCACUUCUGCUGAUAAGAUUGUCUGCGCGCGCAGUCAUUAAUCAGUCACCAUCUGUUGACUUGACAACCAGCCCAACUUUGAAGUCACCUAGACGAGUCACCACAUUCAUCUCACCAUUUACCAACGCGUUGCUUGUUUCUGCCCAUUCUUUCCCGUUGGACCAAGAAAGAGAGAGCUUAGGAAAUCAAACAAAAAACUUAAACACUAAGGGAGACCCAGGUGACCCAGGCAACCCACCCGACCCACAGUCCCUGACCCACAAGAAUAGCAUGAAACUCUUACAGAAGGCGCAAGAAAUUAUCAGAACCAGCAUGUCCACCAGCCCCAACAAACACCAACUGUCGGUCACCUCCAACAACAACGCCCCAAAGUCACACUACAGACUUGUGGUGAUGGGGGCGGCAGGGGUGGGCAAGACGGCCAUCAUCUCACAGUUCCUCUACGACCAGUUUGUCUCAGAAUACAAGGAGACUAUUGAAGAGCUCCACCGAGGCGAGUACGACAUGAAUGGCGUCCACCUGACCCUUGACAUUCUGGACACUUCCGGUUCGCACCAGUUUCCGGCCAUGCGGAAGUUGGCCAUCGAUAACGGCGACGCCUUCGUUCUGGUCUACUCAGUAGAGGACGAAUAUUCGUUUCAGGAGAUCACCAAACUACGUCAGCAGAUUCUGGACGAGCGGGCGGAGAGUGACGUGCCCAUCGUGAUUGUGGCCAACAAAACGGACGUCGGCGAGUCCCGACGGACAAUCCUUCCGGAAACAGCCGAGAGCCUGGUCUGUCUGGACUGGGGAAACGGGUACGUGGAGGCCUCGGCCAAGGAAAACAUCAACAUCGUCGGCAUCUUCAAGGAGAUCCUCCGACAGUCCAAGGUCCGGUACGAGCUGAGUCCGGCAGUCCGAAGACGCCGAGAGUCCAUGCCGUCCUCUAACGACAACAAGAAGAAGAACAAGUUGGCCAAACGCAGGACGCAGAGCGUCAAUACGUAAACCUACGUCAGACCACUGCGUGUAAAUAUAUCACCGGCUUAACGAAUCAAAACACGAGAUCUUAAUGACACCAGCAUUGACGUCAAUCCUAGAAUGACAUGUCAUCAAACACCAAGUGACAUUUAUGCCAUGUGUUAUUAAAAUAAUGGUUAGAAUGUUUUAUUUUCUAAUCCAUGAAAUCAUAACCGUAUCAUCCAUCGGGUUGGUGUUCUGCUAUGUGUUAGAGGAUUGACCUUUGGCAAGGGCAGUCACUCGCCUGGGCUGACCUCCAUCUUGUUUCUAUUGUACACAAAGGCUGCCUAUUUUUGUAUACAUGCCAAUGCAAACUUCGCCUUGACAAUGUUUAUUUAAAAUAUGAAUUUGUAUGUCUGUCUGUAUGUCUGUCUAAAUGUCUGACGUGUUUGACAGAUCUGUGAGUGUGAAGCAAGUUUUGAUACACGUCUGAUACACGUUUGGUACAACUUUGGUACAAGUUUGAUAACGUUUGGUACAAGUUUGGUACAAGUUUGAUAACGUUUGGUACAAGUUUGGUACACAGUUGAUACACGUUUGGUUUAAGUUUGAUAACGCUUGGUACAAGUUUAGUACAAGUUUGAUAA